AUGGGCCAAUCAGAUCUAACUAUCUAUCUAUUUUUAUUUUUAUUUAUUUAUCAGUCACUGUUCAUAUAUAUCUGUCUCUUAUUUUUAUCAUUCUAUUCACAUCUAUCUAUCUAUCUAUCUAUCUAUCUAUCUAUCUAUCUAUCUAUCUAUCUAUAUGUCAAUUCCUGUUCGUAUCUGUUAUUCUGUAUAUCUAUCUAUCUAUCAGUCUUCGUUCAUCUAUCUAUCUAUCUAUCUAUCUAUCUAUCUAGUUCCUGUUCGUAUCUAUCAUUCUGCAUAUCUAUCUAUCUCUCUAUCUCUCUAUAUAUAUAUAUAUAUAUAUCUAUAUAUCUAUCUAUAUAUAUCUCUCUAGAUAUUCUAUUUAUGUUCAUCGUUCUAUCUAUCUAUCUAUCUAUCUAUCUAUCUAUCUAUCUAUGUAUCUCUGUCAUUGCAUACUAUCUAUCUAUCUAUUCUAUAUCUAUUCUAUGUUCAUAUCUAUCUAUCUAUCUAUCUAUCUAUCUAUCUAUGUGUCUCUCUGUCAUUCUAUGUUCAUAUCUAUCUAUCUAUCUAUCUAUCUAUCUAUCUAUCUAUCUAUCUAUGUGUCUCUCUAUCUAUCUAUCUAUCUAUCUAUCUAUCUAUCUAUCUAUCUAUCCAUGCAUUCCUUAUCUUUCUUCUUUCUCUUCGUCACUUACUCUUUCUUUUUUGCUUUUAUUCUAUACCUUCUCUUCUUUACCCUCUUUCUUCUCAUCGUCUACUCUCCAUUCUUUUUUCUCUUCCUUUUAUUCUACACAUUUUCCUUCAUUCAAUUAA